AUGGCGGCCAACAUGUACCGAGUGGGAGAUUAUGUUUAUUUUGAAAAUUCUUCUAGCAAUCCCUAUCUCAUUAGGAGAAUUGAAGAACUUAACAAGACUGCCAACGGAAACGUGGAAGCAAAAGUGGUGUGUUUUUACCGGCGAAGAGAUAUUUCCAACAGCCUUAUAAUGCUUGCAGAUAAGCAUGCUAAAGAAGUUGAAGAAGAGUCUGAAAUUAAAAUUGAGGUUGAUUUGACUGAUAAACAGGAACAUCAGUUGAAGCACAGAGAGCUCUUCCUUUCUCGACAGUAUGAGUCCCUUCCAGCAACGCACAUCAGGGGAAAAUGCAGUGUUUCACUUCUGAAUGAGACAGAAUCUGUGUUGUCGUAUCUGGAGAAAGAGGAUACUUUUUUUUAUUCAUUGGUGUAUGAUCCAUCACUGAAAACGCUUUUAGCAGACAAGGGAGAAAUCAGAGUGGGGCCUAGAUAUCAAGCAGAUGUGCCUGACAUGCUUGCAGAAGGAGAAUUAGAUGACAGAGAACAGGCAAAGCUGGAAGUAAAAGUAUGGGAUCCAGAUAGCCCCCUUACUGACCAUCAGAUUGACCAGUUUUUAGUUGUAGCACGUGCGGUUGGCACAUUUGCUCGAGCAUUGGACUGCAGUAGUUCUGUUAGGCAACCAAGUUUACACAUGAGUGCAGCUGCUGCUUCCCGAGACAUCACACUGUUUCAUGCAAUGGAUACCCUGCAUAAACACAACUAUGAUUUGAGCAGUGCUAUCAGUGUUCUAGUGCCACUUGGAGGGCCUGUCUUGUGUAGAGAUGAAAUGGAAGAGUGGUCAGCAUCAGAAGCUAGUUUAUUUGAAGAGGCACUGGAGAAGUAUGGCAAGGACUUCAAUGACAUUCGACAAGACUUUCUCCCUUGGAAGUCGCUGACUAGCAUCAUUGAGUAUUAUUACAUGUGGAAGACCACUGACAGAUACGUGCAGCAGAAACGUCUGAAAGCGGCUGAAGCAGAAAGUAAAUUGAAACAAGUAUACAUCCCCACCUACAAUAAACCAAAUCCCAAUCAAAUAUCCAACAACGGGAAACCUGCUGCAGUCAAUGGAGCAAUGGGAGCCUCUUAUCAGGCACAGGCCUCACUGAUAGGUCGAGUUUGUGAAAGUUGCUAUACUCCACAAUCUCAUCAGUGGUAUUCUUGGGGUCCUCCUAGUAUGCAGUGUAGAUUGUGUGCAUCUUGCUGGAUUUAUUGGAAGAAAUAUGGUGGCCUGAAAAUGCCCACACAGACCGAUGAAGAUAAAUUGUCUUCCAGCCAACCUGCAGAGGAAUGCCGCAUUAGAACUCAGAUGUCCCGGCAGGCCACACAAGGAACUCCAGUUCGUAACACUGGGAUUCCGAAGUUGGCAGUGAAAACACACCAGGCUUUCUUCCUUCACACAACAUGCUGGACAAAACUGGCCCGCCAGGUCUGCAGAAAUACCCUUCAGCUGCGGCAGGCAGCAAGACGUCCUUUUGUCCCCAUUAACUGUGCUGCCAUUAAGGCAGAAUAUGCAGAUCGACAUUGUGAACUUUCUGGAAAUCCUCUGAAGAUAAAAAGCACCAGAAAACCACUCUCAUGUAUCAUUGCGUAUUUAGAGAUCCAUCCUGCAGCGAAGCCCAAUGUCAUCAGAUCAACACCAAGCCUUCAAAGUCCAAGUUCGAAACGACUGCUUGCACCUUCCAAUCACUCUUCAUUAAGUAUUUUGGGAAAAAGAAACUAUAGCCUUUAUAAUGGCCUUGAUGAAUCCUCUCUCCAUACAACAAGAACAAUAAUGCAUGCUGCUCCCCACAUGAAUAUGACUAGUGCUAAGUCUUUGCAAGCCAGUGCAAGCACCAUUAAGCCAAGCACCAUUCCAAUGAUCAAGAGACGAAUGCAAAACUGACUUGACACUUCAGAUGAUGGUUUCUUUAUAGCUGCAGAAGAGACCAGAAAAAUCCACAAGAAGUUCACCAGAUCACAGGUGAAAAGAUCCUCCAAAAUACCUUGUUCUCCAGUCAUUGUAAAUACAAAAUCUCUCAUGAGCCACAGGCAGGCAUGAACAGAGCCAGGAACCAUCAUGCACUGA